ACUAAGCGCUUGUUGUCAACACCUUCCUUUUUUCAACUUCAUACAAUGAUUGCGCAAGAGCCAUCGAGGUCCCUUAACAACAUUAUGGGCUCUCUCACAUGGUUGUCGGUCAGCACAUGUUUCUUUCCAGAGCACUUGGAGAGCGGCUUAUGCAGUCGAUCAUGGAAGACUGAGAGCGGGCGAACGCGGCUUAUCACCAGACGUCGUACGCACCAUCCAACACAUCGAACAUGGAACUGCGGUCGGAUAUUCCAUGUUUCGCGCGACACACGAUGAUUGCCCACCGGUAUCUGCAAAAACACGCUGGAUGAUUAGGUGUCUUUUGGCAGUCAAACACAGCAUCUCUGGACUCUGUUUUUGCGCCGAGGAUGAGGAGAUCUCACGCUCGCCUAUCUU